AUGGUUAGAGUCAAGCAUCGAUAUAUAUUGUUUGAUAUACUAUAUCCGCCUUCGAUAUCGUCGAAUGAGCAAGAACUGUACGAUUUUACCUCUUCACAGCAGCGUUCCCUCUUAACGCUACAUCAGUCGUCAUCGCCUGAAAUAACGCAAAAGACUAUUCUUCAAGGUAUACGCAAAUCCUUAUAUGUCCAUUUUGGGGACAUAGGCUCGGGAUCUGCUGGGAUGCUUAUGUCGGUGCGGUAUUUUUCAAACACAACCUCUACGGGGAUAAUACGUUGCGAUCGAGAUCAAGUUUCAACGAUAGUUGCUGCCAUGAGUUUGAUAACACGACUAAAUGCGAAUGAACCUGACGUGAUUAUGAGGUGUUUGCAUAUUAGUGGUACUAUAAAGAAAUGUGAAGAAUUUAGUAUACGUAGUUCUCGUGAAUUGAUGAAUAAGUUGGGUCAAGCUAGAGCGAAAGAGAUGAAUGAUUUUUUGCAAGAAGUGGGCGAAUUGAGUGAAGAUGAAGAGGAAGAAUAG